GAUCAAAAAGUGCAUGCAACGCUCAUACCGGUUGUGCACACUCAUCUAAGUGUCCGAGAGCAGUAUCGCCGAGGCUGCUGUUGGUAAGCCUCUGGAUUGUCAUUCAUAAUGGCGAUUCAAAAGAAGCACGGCAAAGGACGGCUUGACAAAUGGUACAAGCUCGCCAAAGAGAAGGGAUACAGAGCUCGAGCGGCCUUCAAGUUGAUCCAACUGAACAAGAAAUAUGGCUUCCUGGAAAAGAGUCGGGUGCUGCUGGAUCUCUGCGCCGCACCGGGAUCCUGGUGUCAAGUUGCGGCCGAGACGAUGCCUGCGCAAAGUCUGAUUGUCGGUGUCGAUCUGGCUCCCAUCAAGCCCAUCCCUCGUGUCAUCUCCUUUCAGAGCGAUAUCACCACAGACAAAUGCCGAGCGACUAUUCGACAGCACCUGAAACACAUGAAAGCGGACACUGUACUCCAUGACGGGGCACCCAACGUCGGUGUGGCAUGGGUACAGGACGCUUUCUCGCAAGCGGAAUUGGUCCUGCAGUCCAUGAAGUUGGCGACGGAGUUUCUGAAAGAAGGAGGCACAUUUGUCACGAAAGUCUUUAGGUCGAAGGACUAUAACGCGCUGCUUUGGGUGUUCAAGCAACUCUUUACGUCAGUCGAGGCUACAAAACCGCCUUCAUCCAGAAACGUAUCUGCAGAAAUAUUUGUGGUGUGCAGAGGUUUCAAGGCGCCCAAGAAACUGGACCCCAAGUUCUUGGAUCCGAAACAUGUGUUCGCCGAGUUGCAGGAUCCCACACCGAACAAUGAAGCCAAGGUUUUCAACCCCGAAAAGAAGAAACGGAAACGAGAAGGUUAUGAAGAAGGAGAUUGGACACAACAUAAAGAAGUCCCGGUCACCGAUUUCAUUCAUACUACAGACCCGAUUGCGAUUCUAGGUUCAGUGAACAAACUCAGUUUCGAGCAGCCUCCCAACGGCGAUCUCGCGUUAGCCACAAUCAGCCGACUACCAGAGACGACGGCCGAAAUCCGACAAUGCUGCGCAGACUUGAAAGUGUUAGGGAAGAAAGAAUUCCGGACGUUACUUCGGUGGCGGCUGAAAGUCCGCGAUCAGUUUGGGCUCUCAAGCAAAGCUAAAAAGCAAGUGCAGGAGACGCAGGCCAAAGAGCAGGAAGGAGAAGAGGUGGCGCAGGUGGAAUCGAUGGAAGAAGAACUCAAACUCCAAGAAGAACUGCAGAGGUUGAAGGAUCAAGACACCAAGGAAAAGAAGAAGGAGCGACGGAAAGAAAAUGAGAGGAAACGAAAAGAGAUUGUACGGAUGCAGAUGCACAUGACUGCGCCGUAUGACAUUGGGUUGGAGCAGAGUGGCCCUGGGGCUGAAGAAUCCAUGUUCAGCAUCAAAGCGGCUGAUAAGGCCCAGAAUGCUGUUCAGAACGCCAAUGACGAGAUGUUGGACGAGGACGACUCGCAGUCAGAAGCCCCGGAGGAUGAUUCGGAGAGUGAUGAGGAUGAGGUUGGCGACAGGCUUGAAAGGGAACUCGACUUGAUGUACGAAUCCUUUCAGCAAAGAAGGGAGGAGGCAGACGCAAAGGCGCGAGCAAAGCGAGCAAGGAGAGAGAAAGAGACUGAUGAGUGGGAAGGUCUUUCCGAUGACGAAGGCACAUCUGGCGAUGCAGCAACUGACACGGGCUCUGACGACGAGCAAGACGGCGUCCGGAUGAAACAAAUACCGAAAAGUGAUGGUCUCUCCACCAAAGCAGCCAUGUUCUUUGACCAAGACAUUUUUCAAAACCUGGGCAUUGAUGAUGGCCAAGAAAACUUGGACAAGGAUAGUGCGAUUGAGAUGGACGACGAUUCAUCAGAUCACACAGACUCUGUCGCCGCAAAAGUUCACACCUCGAAAGAGCGGCAACAAAAACCUCUCAAGUCAGCAUUGAAGCAACAAGGGGCAUCACUUCAAUCAGCAGACGUUGAUUCGGAAUCUGAGGUUGAGUCUACACCUAAGAAUAACACCUCGUCAACUGCGAACCCCCCACGUCCCGAAGACCCAUUAACACCAUCUGGUCAUUUGGAUAUCGACAUCAUCACCGCUGAAGCCAUGACUCUCGCUCACUCUCUCGCGACUAAGCAAACCACAUCCAAAGACCUGAUUGAUGACAAUUUCAACAAAUAUACCUUCCGCGACACCGAUGGCCUCCCCGAGUGGUUCCUGGAUGACGAAGACCGACAUUCUCGCCCGAUCAGACCAAUCACGAAGGCGGCGGCGGCAGCUAUCAAGGAGAAGAUGCGCGCACUGAAUGCCCGGCCCAUCAAGAAGGUGCUGGAGGCGAAAGGGCGGAAGAAGAUGAAGGCCGCCCAGAGGCUGGAGAAGCUCCGCAAGAAAUCCGCGCUGCUGCUCGAAGACGAGGGCGUGAGCGAAAAGGACAAGGCCUCGACCAUUUCGAGGAUGAUGGCGCGGGCGGCCAAGAAAGGGAGACCGAAGGAGAAAGUCAAGCUGGUCGUGGCAAGGGGGGCGAAUCGCGGCGUUGCCGGCCGGCCGAGGGGCGUCAAGGGCAAAUACAAGAUUGUGGACCCCCGGUUGAAGAAGGAUGUGAGGGCGGAGAAGAGGCUGAAGAAGAAGUUGAAGAAAUAGAACCCACCGCAGUCGAUGCACCUUCGGCAACAAGAGCCACAUGUCGACUCGAUGUCACGAUGACCACUGUUUGAUUUGGAGCGUGUCCUUCCAGUGCUUUGGUGUGAUUGUACAGCCUUAUACUAACCACCAGGGCUUUGUUAAUGAUGAUCUAUAUGCUCCGUACGCGGUCUAGUUCAGACUUGCUUCCAUUCUGUCACCGUCCGCCUGUUUUAACAGAUUUAUUAGACGCUUAUUGCGUGCCUAUGUACUCGGUAUAGCCUCUAUCCCAUUAGCAUUGGGAGUGCGCCAGCCAAAAAGGAACCAAACCCG